AUGAAUGAAACGAUAUCAUUGAUGAUGAAAAAGAAGUGCAUGGAGGAAGAGAUGGAAGAACCGCUGCCCACCUUAAGCGAAGAAGCCUGUGCAAUCUGGAAUAUGAGCUGGGUCAAAGACGCUUGCGGCAAGUGCGCUAGCGAGUGUGUGGACGAGCGGCGUACAGAUGAUCAUAUUUGGCUUUGCCAUUUCACUUUGAUUUUUAUCACGUUGCUAUCAAUUCCAGUCAUGAUUUCAUUCUUUUACGUGGAUAUUGUCUUGAGGUUGGUGACAGAUGAUGUCGAAGUUCUGGUGCUUGCAGACAGAUAUGCUCGCUACUUGACGCCAACAGUUCUACCCCAGGCAAUUUACUGUGCGCUACGGCAAUACCUGCAAUCGCAAGAGAUCAUGGAACCCCCUGCAGUUAUCGGUGUUGCCAGCGUUGGUGUAUCCCUGAUCACCAAUUAUGUGUUUAUCUACGGCUGUGGUCCCUUUCCAGCAUUGGGUUUUAUCGGAGCUCCCAUUGCGCAGAGUGUGUCGUCCAGUUUUCAACCGAUCGCACUUGUAAUAUAUGCCUUCUGGUACAAGGGCCACCACCGUAAAACUUGGGCGGGAUUCGAUCUUACAGCCUGUAUGCAAUGGGAGCGCGUGCGUACUUUUGUUACUUUAUCGGUGGGAAUGACAAUCAAUCAGGCUCUUGAUGAAUGGGUGUACAAUGUGAUUUCAGCGUUGGCAGGCACAUUGGGCUCGAUCACAUUAGCAGCAAAUAGCGUCUUGUUCAGCCUCUGGGGUCUUACGUGCGAACCGCCCCGCAGCCGCAAAGCAGACACUCUACGAUUCUUCACAAAUGACCCUAUUGUGACUGCAGACAUCAAUAGUGUCAUGCCUAUAUUUUGUUGUGCAGUCUUCUUGUCUGGAUUGCAUAUUAUCAUGUCUGCUGUUGUCGAAGCUAUGUCAAUGGCGGCGACAUUGGUUGCCAUCACGACGGCUGGAUCCUGGCUCACUAUGUUACCCAUCUCGUAUUUAUUGGGCCUGUAUUGGAACUGUGGACUUCAAGGUUUAUGGUGGGGUGCUAUCUGUGGCGAGAUCGUCAAGCUUGGUCUUAUGGUGCUAACAUUAUGGCGUAUUGAUUGGUAUGAAAUGGCACGUCGCGCUGUACGACAGUCGGAAGGCAUUACAAUCGAGGUAAAGCCAUCGUGUCAUACUCCGCUGCAUACUAACAGCGCCAUCUGCUUUCGCACUUCUGUAACGGGCAAGAGUAGUUGGAGCUCACGCAUGGCUCAAUCCACCCGACUCGAUGGCAGCCAUUGUCGCUUAUCUGCUGAUGCUCGACGGGCUAGACACCGCGACCGCAUGCAGCGCCAGCGACUGGCCGAGAAAAAGAAUAUAAUGGACAAGCGCGCAGAGGCUGAGCGCCUUACGCGCGAGCUGGAGCACGCCAUCCAGCAUUUCUGUACAAAAUUACAGAAACAAACAAAUGUGGACGCACAGAUUGUCAAAUCGUGCGUGAUUAGUAGAAAGUAUGAACUUCAAUUGUUAGACUCGAAGCUGAAGGAGAGCGCGAUUAAGUGUACUACACUCAGACACAUGCAGCAACGUUACCUAAGUCUUGUGCUGCAGCAAAGCAUAAUUACUGAGGAGAAUAGACGAUUGAUCAAGAGACACCGUGAGUGGGAACUUUUUAUCAGAUUGCUAAGAGCGGAGAACGAGCGCCUGCCUACUCCACACACCCUUAACAUGGAUAAGCUGCUUGUACAACAUGAACGGGGUGGUCGCUGGGUUGUCUUUUCUCAAGAUGAACCAGCCAUUUUUUACCAGCCAAUAGCGCGAAAAACAUGCCUUGAACUCGCAUGUAAAGGCUACCAGCGCAUGCAGGAAAUGUUGCGUGGACCGGGAGCAAAGAAAUUGUACAACGAAGCGUUCGGCUGGAAAGUGUAUUUCUCAACGCAUAGAGACGAUUCGAAUCAACUGCGAAUGCAGCACCGAUUCAAUAAGAAAAUCAGCGCUAUUGGUGCCAAUGGAGAUCGAAUUACAGGUGAUACACUAGCGAAAGCAACUUGGGAGAUUAUUACCACGCCAAAACUCGUGCAAACGAUUCGUGUGUUUGGUCGUCCAGGUUCAAGAUUGUGUGAAGGAUGA